AUGGUGAGCGCGACAGCCGCCGCGGACGUCAUUCCUUUGGAGGACAGCGUGCUAAUGUACUCACAGUCGGCCCAGAAUUCGGCGGGUAUCCAGACCCUCCUCGACGCCGAGCGGGAGGCUUCCAAGAUUGUCCAGAAAGUCCGAACCAAGCGAGUGAAGGAAGCCCGCGACGAAGCCAAGAAGGAGAUUGAAGCUUAUCGCAACUCCAAGGAGGACGAGUUCAAGAAGUUCGAGUCUGAGGUACGACUUUGCAAGCCUCGUCAAAGGGCAUGUGAGUAUACUAACGAUUUGAAGCAUACCCAGGGCAACAAGCAGGCCGAGGACGAGGCGAACAAGGAGGCCGAGGGCAAGAUCAAGGAGAUCAAGGAUGCUGGAAAGAAGAGCCAGGAUAAGGUCGUUGCCGAUCUCUUGAAAGCCGUUUUUGAGGUCAAACCAGUCCCUCCAAGCGCCGCAUGA